UUCACAACGCAAUUGUUCACAGGCUGCUGUGUGUACAGAUCUGCGUACAACCGUGUUCUGAUCGAUGAUGAUGACUGGAGUGGGCAGCUCAGUUGCAUUGUUCGUGUCGAUUUUGUCUGUGAUCAGCACGAGGAUUGGCUCUGGUAUGGAGUCUCAGACAUCUUGUGGAAACCGUGUGCAGGCUGAGUUUGCAGCAAGCAACUACUCUGUCGUGGGAAAAUUUUGCAGCAACUCUGGCGGCAUGAGAUGUGGACCUAGCAACAAUCGAUUUGAGUAUUGUGCAGGCACCAGUUGGAUAUCAAUGUGUCCCUGUUUUUUCCGUCUUCAAGAACAAGCGGCCGGAUCUAGAAUCAAUCCUGGAAGGUCAUGUAAUGAUAUUUUCAUUAAACGUGGAGGACAAGUGCUGAGUGGAACCUAUUGGAUCACAGUCUCCAUUCCCUCAUACCCCUUUCGAGUGUUCUGUGAUAUGAACACUGCAGGAGGAGGAUGGACUUUGGUCGCUAAAGUAAAAGGCAACGAUCCUCUAAUGAAUAGGAUCAAUACAGCCCAGUGGCGAGAUAGCAGAUUGAUUGGAAGCACCCAUGAUUUGAAAGAUGAGAACGCACUAGGACUAGCCUACAGAAGUCUAGCAUUUCGUGAUGUCAUGAUACGCAGUCUUGAAGAUGGUCGAAAGCAUUUGGCAUGGAGACAUCCAGAACAAUUUAAAAAUAUCCAGUCAAUUGUCAAGAGUUGUGCUAGAGUUGCCAAUGGUGUGAAGCUGUCUGGUAGUAUUCAUCAGUUGGAUUAUAAAGGCGACCAAGCAUAUCAUCAUGGCUGCACUAAGUUGGUCUACGGUUUCAUGGGAGGAGACUGGCACUUUGCUCUAACUACUGUGGGAGGAUGUCCCAAAGGCCAUAAACAUGGCCAUGUUGGUGCAAUCGUUGGAGCCUUUCUGGAUCCACCCAGUGGAGAGAGGGGUACAAACGGACAAACCGCCAAAUGUGUUACUGACUUUGGCGUUGGUGGUGGCUAUCUUGAUUUGUCUCCUGGCACUGAAGCCUAUGCAAUCAAUGCUCAUUACUGGGGAGCUGGCAACAGUAAGACCAACUCAUGGAAUUCCCAUGGUGUCUUCAUCAGGUAAACUUGAAGUUCAUGCAACUGGAAAACGUAGAAGCUAGAAAAAGAAAGGCUACUUACUCAAAGCAUCUGUUGCAUGUUGUUGCUAGUUAAGCUGUUUAGCUAUAGCUAUGGCGAUACUUAUGUAGGUUUUAGUGUACGAUAUGCUUGGUUCUUGAUAAUUAGCCAUUGACUGCAUAAAAGCAACCAAGCAUAGUAUUUUAGGAUAUGUUUUAAUGUGCUACUGUUGUGUUGUUGUUGUUGUCAAGUGUUAUAAAACUCAGUGCCAUUUUCUCUAUAGAAAA